AUGGGCCGCCGUACGACUCGAUCCCAAGUCACUUUGCCCGAUGAAAUCCUCCAGGUUUCUCAGCAUUCGCCAAUGAAACAGGCGAGAAUGUCAAGGAAUGCAGCAGCGUCGACAAGCAAAACCAGCCCAGACGACAUGCUCGAUGUCAGCGGCUCGGAAGACGAACUUUUGCUCUCCCCGAAGAAACGUGCCAACACACCCCCGCCGACCGCGACAGGGAAGCGGUCAGCGUCGCCCUCCUCGGAGAAUGGACUGGCAGAGGGAUCUCCGGAAGAGGGUAGAGGAUCGAAACGCGUCAAACGGGAUGCGGAAGAGUUGCAGGAACCCAGGACGCACGAAUCGAAAACCAGGGCUGGGACCGCGCAUACAAGGAACCAUUCAGACUCGAAUGCCAUCGCCAACAAACGGUCAAAGCGUCAGACGUCGAGGUUACGCUCCGAGAAGCCUAGAUCAAUCGCCAGCGACCAACCGUUGAACCGUGAAGCUUCGUUACCUCCGGAUGACCAUGGACGAGCUCAAUCUGUGCCAUUGCUGUUCCCAGCGACGUAUUCCUACCCACAUAUCGACCUGGCCAACCUACCUCCUUCUCCGACACGUAGCAAGCCAAGGUCACGCUCGCCGUCUAAGAGUUCUAAAAGCUUGACCCCCAAGAUGCGUAUAACACCUCUGCCUGUUGUUCCAACCCGUUUGCCAUCCAUACCGGAUGAAUCGACACGGGAAAUGGACGUGGAUCAGGAUGCACAGUCCCAACCCCAGGAAACUGAAGUGGACAUGGUGGAACCAUCCUCAGAAACAGUGUCGGGCAGUCCAAAGGAGCGGGAGCCUCCUUUGAAAGUGAUCACCGAAGUGUCAAUACCAUUGGAACCAUCCGACCAAGUUGGCCCUCAAGAGCCAGAACCUGUUACCCCAGUCGCAGAAGAUGAUACGGCCCCUCCCUUGUCGCCCCUUACUCCUGCUCCCGAAACCCCUUACCCUGUAGCGAAGAUCCCGACAGCGGUGACGAUUACGACUCAAGAAACCAAGGUAGCGUCCGUGAAGGAGAAAACAUUCCCUUCGAAGCCUGCCAAAGAAAAGGCACCUCCCCCUGCACCUCCCAAGAUCGACAAAGGCAAACAACCUGCAAUCAUCCCCUCGAAAACCGACAAGUCAGCGCCGCAGCCCGACAAGCAAAAUCGAUUGCGUCGGCUGACCACCGCGAUGCCUCGUCCCACUAAAGUAGCACCCCGUGCCAUGGGCUUGAGCACUGCGCCUCCAACUGGAAAUGGGUCGGAACCUUCUUCAAGUAAGAUACCGAUGGCGGGGACUAUAGGCACUGGGCCUCGCAAUGCAUUCAACCUCUUGAUGAACAAGGCGGGCUCUUCAAAGACGCCAGCUGCAGAAAGCAAGACUUCUGGCUUUCAGCAAAAGGUAAAGAACAUCUUCAACGUGUCCUCUUCGUUGGAUAAGGGAAAGGGAAAGGCGGGAGGGAUCAAGGCGAAGAUGAAAGGAAGAGUAAGGCCUGAAACUCAAGCUGCACCUGCUCUGAUUCCAGUUCCUAUGGACGAAGACGAAGAAACACACGCCAAUCUAAACGAUGAAGAACCUGUUCCACCCACCCCUGACGAGGAUGGUCAAGAUGAUGCCCCUCGGCCAGAGACUUCAAUAUCGAGACCCGCCUCUCCUCCAGCACAUCCAACACAAUCGGAACCUGUUCAAAAAUUAGCCCAGACGAAAGAGUCGAUUCAACCUGAGGUCCAACCUGAGGUCCAAGUUCAAUCUCCAGAAGAGGCCGUCACUGCGAACGAUGUCACCAAUCCAUCCGUACAUCCACCCACGUCGAACGGAGAGCAGGACGAUACCCUGAUUGCUCCAGAGCCUCCUCAAGACGUCGCGAUGGGGGAACCAGAGGCGGAGCUCGAUGUUCCUCUAUCAACCGAACCUGUGACAGUUGAACCAGUGCCUCCGACUACUGAGGAACCUGAACCCGAGCCCGCCCCAGCAAACCUUGAAGUCCCUCCAGAACCAGGACCGUCGAAAGCUGCAGCGUUGGGCAAGAAACGAGUACCCUCAGCCGUGCCCGCCGUUGGUCGCGUUACGAGGAGCAGUUCAAACCGGAAAGCCCCGGUCUCUGAAUCGAAGCCUCCAGUACCCAUGGCGAAGACGAGACAGACCACCCUCAACUUCGCAAAGGCUACUCGGUCUGCCUCCCUCAAACGAAAGACUCCUGCCAAUGAUAAAGCUACGGAAGAUUCCAUCCCCACUGGAGACACUGCAGCCCCGUCGAUAUCUGUCAAGGCAAAAUCAAAGUCUGGUAGUGAGCAGAAACCCGCCGAGGAACCUACGGCCGGCCCUAGUCGAGCACCACUCGCUAUUGAGACAUCCAAGAGUCUACCCAGAGGUUCUCCAAUGAAGGUCAACGAAUCCCCUGUUCGAAGAUCGCCUAGGAAUCUUGCCACUUCACGGUCGACUCCCUCGCUCAAGACCCCCUCGUCGUCCCCCGCCAAGUUGAGGAAACCUUUCCAGUCAACGACGCCCGGUUCACCAUCGAAGAAACUUGCUCGCUCUGCGUCCAUGAACGCUGGUCGUCGAAGUGCCAACCUGAGCGAGAACCGGUUUGCGAAAAAUGGAUCCACACUAUCUACCCUUUCAAACGCCUUGGAGCAACUCCGAAUGCCCGCGCCUUCUCGGCCGAGUACGAGCAUGGGCUUCAAUCGCGACGGCAAUGGGAAUAGUGAUGAUGAUGAUUCUGUCGAACCCAAAAGCCAAACUCAGGACGACUCCGCUGUUGGGAAGAAGACGGUAGGAAACUCCCACUCGACUGGUGCUGUCGGACGGUCUGCGACUCUCGGUGCCAACCACUUUUCCAAGGCAACAGGGCUUGCUAGACCACCUGGACGAGGUCCGUUUGCAGGCCGUGCAAUGCGUGGGCGUCCACUGUUUGGUGUUGGAACAGGAACCCUUGGGCGAAGGCAUACGGCAAAGGCAAGCAAGAACCCGACGUUGCCCAGUGUCAUGGGUAGCCCGGUGAAAGGUGGGGGUGAUGCCGACGUUUCAAUGACAUUCGACGACCAAAACGCCGUUCAACCUCUCAACCUCGGAGGACCUUCAAACCAGAAUGACUCGGCAUUGGUUGACGAUAUGGACGUUGAAGAAAUCGAGGUGUCUAAUGGGAAGGGCAAGGAACGCGCCACAGAUUCGGACGAGUAUUCGUCUCGUCGGGCGUCGAUGGCCUCUCACUUCCUCGCUCAAUCUGUUUCUGCAUUCCGGGAAUCCGAAGCAGCCACUACAGGCGGGAAGGGACUCAUGGGACCUCCACCGCUACCCUCCACCGUCAAGCAGAGCUCGAACAACUCUUUACCCUCUACCGCUGCAACGGCUGGAGCUGACGACACCUCGUCCAAUGGUACGCCCCCGGGACGGAGAAGCACUCGGUCAGCGGCCCUGGCUGCUUCUCAGGCUAUCGCAAAUGUGGCUGCUAGCUCGAGGAGGGCGCCUCCCCAAGAGGAGAAACCUUCACCGGAUGAUGCUCUCAAGUUCCUCAAAGACUGUAGGAUCUUUGUUGAUGUCAGAACAGAGGAAGGGGAGGAGGCCGGUUCCCUGUUUGUUGAAAUGUUGGAGGUUGCUGGCGCUCGGCUGCUUCAACGCCCCGGACAAAGCUGCACUCACAUUGUCUACAAGAACGGUUUGCCAAGUACGGUAAACCGUUACAAGAUGCUCCGAGAUCCUAAGCCACUGGUCGUGGGUAUCGCUUGGGUCGUAGAAUGCGUUGAACAACGUAAAAGGGUCCACGAGGAAGAGUACCUGAUUGAUCUCGAAGUGGAAAGCCUCUUCCAAACCACCGGCAAACGUCGUCGUUCAAUGAUUCCCAAGCUCAUCUCUCGCGAUUUCCUCAUGGAAGCGGGACCUUCUGGAGACGCAGCAGGAGACGAAUCCAACGACGGAGACGUUAGCAUGGACGGCUCGACAUCUUCUCUCGUGGACGACUUGACCCCGCUCGAACGAGCCCGUAGACGCAAGAGUGCCAUUCCGCCUCAACUCUAA